GUAUCCUAACGUUAGGCCCAAAUCUCGCGAGAUCUCCGGUUACAUACCGAGAACGCCACAUUACAGAGUAGGACAGAGACAAGGAAGAUGGCGGCGCAGGAGACUCAAGCAGCACAGCAAUCCACCGUGAGCAACGGCGAGGUGAGCAGUAAUGGCGCAGCUGCUUCUGGCCAGGUUGCACAGACGGGUGCGACUGCACAAGACCCACAGCAACAGCAGCAACAACAGCAGCCCAACGCCUGGCAAGUCAUCAAGGGCGUCCUUUUCAGGAUCUUCAUUAUAUGGGCCAUCAGCAGCUGGUUCCGCAGAGGGCCGUCGACCCCUGACCCCAGCACCCCUGCCGGCGCUCCCCGAGUGCCCAGUCGCAACCUCUUCCCCAAGGACACCUUAAUGGAUCUUUAUGUGUAUUUAUCUGAAAAUGAGGUAUUUUCAGAUUUCAACAGCACAGAAGCCCUGUUUUGGUUCCAGCGAGACCUGGUCUAUGGAGACUGGACCACGGGAGACGCAGGCGACGGCUGCUAUGAGCAUUACCUGGAACUGGACACACCUGAGAACGUACAGCAGAACGGCUCCUUAUACAUCCACGUGUACUUCACCAAGAGUGGCUUCCAUCCAGAUCCGAAACGCAAAGGCCAGUAUCGCAGGCUGGCCACCGUCCACGCUACACGGAUGAUGAACAAGUUCAAGCGCAGGAAGUUUCUGAAGACAAAGAACUUGCUGACGGGAGAGACGGAGGCUGAUCCUGAGAUGAUUAAGCGGGCAGAAAGUCACGGUCCAGUGGAGAUCAUAUCUCAUUGGCAUCCCAACUUAACUAUCAACAUUGUUGAUGAUCACACAGCCUGGGUGAAAGGCUCAGUGCCCCCGCCCCUCGACCAGUAUGUAAAGUUUGAUGCAGUGAGCGGUGAUUACUACCCCAUUGUUUACUUCAACGAUUACUGGAACCUGCAGAAGGACUACUACCCCAUAAACGAGACUCUAAAGAAGUUGCCCCUGCGCCUCACCUUCUGCCCUCUCUCUCUGUGGCGCUGGCAGCUGUAUGCAGCCCAGAAUGCUCGCUCACCCUGGAACUUCCUGAGCGAGGACACGUACGAGCAGUCCGAUGAGGACCAGGACUCCAUUAAGGUGGCACUGCUGGAGACUAAUCCCUACCUACUAGGCCUGACCAUCGUUGUCUCAAUUGUACACAGCGUCUUUGAGUUUUUGGCAUUCAAGAAUGAUAUCCAGUUCUGGAACAGUCGCCAGUCUUUGGAGGGACUGUCCGUGCGCUCCAUCAUAUUUGGUGUGUUCCAAUCCCUGGUGGUGCUGCUCUACAUCCUGGACAAUGAAACCAACUUCGUGGUGCAGGUCAGCGUCUUCAUCGGGCUGCUCAUCGACUUCUGGAAGAUCACCAAAGUCAUGGACGUCAGAUUGGACAGAGAGAACAAGAUUGCAGGAUUAUUCCCACGAUUGGUAUUUAAAGACAAGUCCACAUACGUUGAAUCUUCAACUAAAAUCUAUGAUGAUAUGGCCUUUAAGUACCUGUCCUGGCUCCUGUACCCGCUCUUUGGAUGUUAUGCUGUUUACAGUUUAAUCUAUGUAGAGCACAAAGGCUGGUACUCAUGGGUACUCAGCAUGCUCUAUGGAUUCUUGUUAACAUUUGGUUUCAUCACGAUGACACCGCAGCUCUUCAUCAACUACAAGAUGAAGUCAGUGGCACAUCUUCCAUGGAGGAUGCUCACCUAUAAGGCACUAAACACGUUCAUAGAUGACCUGUUCGCCUUUGUGAUCAAAAUGCCCAUGAUGUACAGAAUAGGCUGUCUUCGAGAUGAUGUAGUGUUCUUCAUCUACCUGUACCAGAGGUGGAUCUACAGAGUGGAUCCCAACCGUGUCAACGAGUUUGGCACGAGCGGCGUGGACCACAGCACAGACAACUCAGUUCAGUCAUCAGAGGGAGACACAGCCAACGCCGCCAUCACAGAUAAACCAGAGGAGGAGAAGAAAAAUGAUUAAUGUAUUUUACACUCCCCUGUCUACUGAAGGUGUACCAGACAUCUUCAAAGCUGAAUUUAUGUCUAAUCGUCAGGAAAGCGAACUGGAAUAUCGGUAUUCUAUAAAGGACACUGCGUGAGAUUUCAGUUCAUCUUUCCUCCUCUUUUUUUUUUUUGUAUGAGAUCUGCAACAACAACGGAAAAAAAAAAUCUCAUUUAAUGUAGAAUUCCUAAUAUUUUUUCAAUCUCCCACAUUUUGCAGUCAAGGUGAAGUAAAAGUGUGAUGUACUGUAUUGUAUGUUUUUGGGUUGGUUAACAUUACUAUUAUGAAGAUUAAUGAGUAAGCAAGUCCCAUUAAUGCAGAUGGGCUUUUGCAGUACAUAUUGUAAUGUAUAAGGAGAAGAAGACAAAAAAAAAAGAA